GUGGGGGCGGUCGCGGAGGCUGAAAGAGAGACGUCAGACGAGAGAGAAAGGAGAAGAAGCAGCCCCCCGAAGAAGAAGAAGAAGACGACGACGAUUGAUGUGUGCCCACAACUUGGCUUUUCUGAUUAAUACCAUCCGCAUCCAGUCCAUGGCCUAAUCCCGGGUUCGGUUUUACACCCGUUUCCAUCCUCCACGUCACUUCCCUUCUCCCCCAUUCCCUUCCUUCCCCUCUCGUUUGUUCAGCUACUCUCUCUCAGUCCCUCUCUCGAACAGACACUGCUUCCGGAUAAGAAACAGGUGAAGCUCUUUUUUUCCUUAACCUGGGUUUAUCUCUUCCUUUCUGUGUCGUUUGUGGGAUAUGGUCAAUACGUCAAGUUAGCGAAUUGGUUAUCUCUCUAAUUGAUAUAUAUCGCGGGUUAUGUUGGGGUUUUGGGGAAUGGAAAUGGGCGAUUUCAGAUCAGAAGUUUCGUGAGCUAGAACUGGGAUUCUGUUGACUUUUUAUCUUUUUGUAUCGAAGGUAGUUGAGGGGUUGGAGGAGGUAGGAAACUAGAGCUGGAAGAGUUUCACAUCCGCACUCCCAUUUUCUGCGCUACUGCUGAGUGUCAGCCACUUAGCUCCAGUUGACUGCAACCAGCAUUCAAGUUCCCCAUUGAUCUUUCCUCACUGGAGGCUUCUGAGUAGAGUGCUGCCCUAUAUAGUCACCCAACAGCAUUAUUCAAACAAGAAAAAGCUCAAGUUCUUAACAUUGAUCAUAUCCAAAUCUCUUUCUCUUGCCCUCUCUAAGAUGGAGGGAAAUUCUAGCGGCGGAGGCAGUAGUGUUGGUGGAGGAGGGGUAGCAGCAGCAGCGGCAGUGGUGACACCAGGAGCUGCUGGUGUUGUAGGUGGAGGAGGGAAUGAUGUUGAGCUCAUGUGCAAGACUCUUCAAGUUGAACACAAGCUAUUCUAUUUUGAUCUCAAGGAGAACCCAAGAGGCCGGUACUUGAAGAUAUCUGAGAAGACAUCAUCCACCAGGUGUUUUAUUUUGACAUUGGGGAAAACAGAAGGGGACGUUUUCUCAAGGUAUAACUUGGUGCUAAUUCUUGCUUACAUUCCUUAUGUCUCAGAAGCUUCUGUUAGUAGAAACCGCAGUACUAUCAUUGUUCCUGCUGGAACUUCUAGGGAUGAAGGCUGGGCUUCUUUUAGGAACAUCUUGGCAGAUAUUAAUGAAGCUUCAAGGCUUUACAUGCUGUCCAAUCAGCAAAAUUCUGAAUCCUCGGAGCGCCUAGUUGGACUUUCUGAUGAUGUAGGCGCUGGAUUUAUAUCUGGGCACAGCACCCAACAGCCUGCUCCUCCAACUUCUGAGUUAAAUGUAGACCGGGCAGUUGACCUGCCGACACAGGAUGAGAUUGGUAACCUGGGAGUGUCAAAGGUUAUCCGAGUUGAUCAGAAAAGAUUCUUCUUCGAUCUCGGGAGUAAUAACAGAGGCCAUUUCUUGAGGAUCUCUGAGGUUGCUGGUUCUGAUAGGUCCUCCAUAAUUCUUCCACUCUCUGGGCUGAAGCAGUUUCAUGAAAUAGUGGGUCAUUUUGUGGAGAUCACCAAAGAUCGAAUUGAAGGAAUGGGGAGCGCCAACGUCCGAACUGUAGAUCCACCUCAAAGAUGAAUGUGUUUCCAUGUGAUGGGUGUGUUUGUGAAAGGAGAAUAAAUGCUGAAGAUGGCUUCUUUUGAUGGCAAGGGAACAUAAUGUAUUGGGAUUCUUCUGGGAUUGUGGUUGGUUCCUUUUGUUUUUUGGUGUUGCAGGAUGGAUGUAAAUCCAUUGGCUCCUGCUACUGGUUCUUGCUGUCAAAUAGGGUAAAAUCUGAUGAUUUUUUUUACUUGGGUUCUGAAUUUUACUUUUGGUCACAGCUUGUGAAAACAAUAAAGGGUGAAUUCCAAUUGCAAAUAUUCCUGCAUUUUGCUUUUGCAACUUUCCCCUGCUGUUUCAGAAGCUAUUUAUCUAUCAAAGAUAACCGAGUAGAAAACGAUUUCAUGUCAGCACCCUCAGAUAGCCAGACAUUAGCAUAGAGCUCAAUUUG